AUGGCUGACGGUUCGAGUGCCGCUGAAAUAUUUGACACCACUACAAUUGGCUACACGUAUGACGACCUGAUUUUGCUUCCAGAUUAUAUAUCGGGUCCGAAUACCAAUGUCAACCUAUCGACUAAUCUCACACGGAAGAUCCGCCUUAAUGCGCCAAUUGUCUCGUCGCCCAUGGACACGGUCACCGAGUCCAAGAUGGCUGUCGAGAUAGCGUUGCAAGGAGGCAUAGGAAUCAUCCACAAUAACCUGACUCAGGAGGAAUUGAUAGAGGAGGUGCGUAAGGUCAAGCGCUUUGAGAAUGGAUUCAUCGUCGACCCCUACGUAUUGACACCGAACCACACCGUCGGCGAUUGGAUGGCCAUCAGGGACAAGUACGGUUUCAAAUCGAUCCCCAUUACCGCCGACGGGAAACGCAACUCGAAACUGGAGGGUAUCGUCACCAGCGGUGACGUCUGCUUCGUCCAGGACAAGUCCACGAAAAUUUCGGAGGUUAUGACUCGCGACCCUAUCGUGGGAAAACACCCUCUUACGCUACAGGAGGCCAACACUAUUCUCUGUGAUAUCAAGAAAGGUAUCCUCCCCAUUGUGAACGACAAGGGCGAGCUCGUGUCGAUCGUAAGCCGCAGCGAUAUCAAGAAGAACCGCAAGUUCCCAAUAGCUGCCAAGAAUGAGAACAUGCAGCUGCUCGUCGGAGUUGCCAUUUCGACCAGACCUGGUGCGUUGGAAAGAGCAGCCAAGUUGAUCGAUGCCGGUGCUGACGUGUUGGUCAUCGACUCCAGCCAGGGCAACAGCGUCUACCAGAUCGACCUGAUCAAACAGCUGAAGCAGGCGAACCCGGAAAUCCAGGUCAUUGGUGGCAAUGUGGUGACGGGAAGACAAGCUAAAAACCUCAUCGACGCCGGAGUUGACGGGCUCCGUGUCGGUAUGGGCUGUGGCUCUAUCUGCUCGACUCAGGGUGUUUGCGGUGUGGGAAGGCCUCAGGCCACGGCAGUCUUUUAUGUAUCGCGGUACGCGCGAGAAUACGGCCAUGGCUGCCCGGUCAUUGCGGACGGUGGUAUUCGCAGCUCAGGUGACAUCAUGAAGGCACUGGCGCUUGGUGCCAGCUGCUGCAUGUUGGGAGGGGCGAUAGCCGGCACCAUAGAGAGCCCCGGUGACUUCUUCUACCACAAUGGUAUCCGAGUCAAACAGUACCGUGGCAUGGGCAGCAAGGCUGCGUUCAUGAGCGCGCGCCAGAAGACCGGCGACAGGGGUAGCAUCCGCCGCUACCACAUGGAGGAGGACCAGCCCAUGGUCUCCCAGGGUGUUGCCGGGUACACUUCUGACAAAGGUAGCAUAAGCACCCUCAUUCCAACCAUGCUGCAAGCUGUGAAGCACGGUAUGCAGAACAUUGGCUGCUACGACAUCAACGCUCUGCACGAGGGUCUCUACAGUGGUUCCGUCCGGUUCGAGGUUAGGUCGCACAACGCCCUUCUCGAGGGCAACGUCAGCACGAGCCUGAUGAUGCAUAAUCAAUCCUGA